GUGUUGCAAAAGAGGUAACUAUAGAACGUGAUGGUGGUAGGUUUACCAGAUCCCAUACCCUCGUUUUAAUGGCGGAGAUAACAAGGGAAAGAGACUACUCCAAAUCAAAGCACUGAUUUUUUUGCAACAAUCCCCAUUUUAUUUUCCCUUUAUAUUACUAUUCUUAAGCUUAAUUUGAUUCUUUUCUCCUUCCUUUUUCAUUUGGGUUACGAGCCAUGGAUACCGAGUUUCUCCGAACCCUAGAUCGCCAAAUUCUUUUAGGUGUCUUCAUCGCUUUCGUCGCCGCCGGUGCUGGUGCUGCUUAUUUUCUUACAUCCUCCAAGAAACGCAGAGUGUGCUUGGAUCCAGAGAAUUUCAAGGAGUUCAAGCUUGUUAAGAAAAAUCAACUUAGUCACAAUGUGGCCAAGUUCAUUUUUGAACUCCCAACUUCUACCUCUGUGUUGGGUCUUCCCAUUGGACAACACAUCAGUUGCAGGGGAAAGGAUGGUCAAGGAGAGGAUGUUAUUAAGCCAUACACCCCGACUACCUUAGACUCAGACGUUGGACGUUUCGAACUUGUCAUUAAGAUGUAUCCGCAAGGAAGGAUGUCUCAUCAUUUCAGGGAGAUGCGUGUUGGAGACUAUCUUGCCGUUAAGGGACCAAAGGGUAGGUUCAAGUAUCAACCAGGUCAGUUUAGGGCAUUUGGAAUGCUUGCUGGAGGUUCAGGCAUCACUCCUAUGUUCCAAGUCGCUAGAGCAAUUCUAGAAAACCCAACAGACAAGACAAAGGUGCAUCUCAUUUACGCCAAUGUCACAUACGAAGACAUUCUCUUAAAGGAAGAAUUGGAGGGUCUUACCGCCAAUUACCCAGAUCAAUUCAAAAUCUACUAUGUUUUGAAUCAGCCUCCGGAAAUAUGGGAUGGUGGUGUUGGAUUUGUAUCAAAGGAAAUGAUUCAGACUCAUUGCCCUGCACCGGCAUCUGAUAUUCAGAUCCUAAGAUGCGGGCCACCGCCGAUGAACAAGGCCAUGGCUGCAAACCUUGAAGCUCUGGGAUACUCUCUGGAGAUGCAAUUCCAGUUCUGAUCUGAAUCUCUUCUUUUGAUUGCUCGAAAACGGAACUCAUAAUAAGUUGGUUACAAUCCCACAUAUCAGAGUUGUGUCUUAACUGAGUUAGAGUUGUAUUUUCUGUUGCGUUAGCCCACUUGAAAGUUUCCAUUGAUUGGUUUACGAAUUGGUUAGACAUUUUGGUUUACGUAUACCGGUUUGGUGCAAAUAUUUGAUGCUGGAUAGUGGAUAGUGAGUGGCGACAUACUGACA